AUGAUGAACCGAAAAACCGAAUAUACUCGUGAAUCUGAAUUGGAUAACUACGAGUGUAGAUAUUUCAACAACUUGAAAGAUGGUUACUACAAGUUGGAAGUCUCAGACUCAACAUUUCGGUGUCCGUUCUGUUUGAAUAAGGAUUAUUAUUCUUUGACUGACCUUUCAAGACAUGCUUCAAGGAUUGCUGCUGACGUGCAUGGUGAGACUCUGAAAGAAAUUGGUAAACAUUCUGCCCUUGUAAGAUAUCUUAAGUCACUUAAUGUGAAUGUUGCUAAAGAUAAGUCACCCAUGGUGAAUGUUCCUGAAGAUAAGUUUUUCUUCCCUUGGACGGUAGUUCUCGCAAACAUUGUUACAAAAUUUGAACCGAACUCUCGUAAGUAUGUAGGAAAGAGUGGUAAGAAAAUUCGGGAGGAACUGUUUGCGAAAGGGUUUAAGCAGUUGACCGUUACAACACUGUGGAAUUCUAGCGGACAAACAAAGUUUGCGAUAGUUGAAUUUGGAAAAGAAUGGGAUGCUUUCGCCGAUGCUUUGUCGCUAGAGAGAAUCUUUGAAUCAGAACAUUGUGGCAAGAGAGAUUACUAUCGUUCAAGGGAGCGAGGAGAUAAACUCUUUGGGUGGAUGGCACGUGACGAUGACUAUAAUUCCAGCAAUAUUGUUGGCCAAAACCUCCGGGUAAAAGCAGACUUGAAAACUGUUUUCGAAAAAAAAGUCGAGGAUGAUAGGAAAGCCUUGAAGCAUGCAUCUAGUUUGGCCACCACUUCAAAGCAGAAGAACAAAGAAUUGGAAUUGGAAGAAACAACAAACAAGUAUGAUGACGAAGCUAAUGUGAUCCUAAAUAGAGUGAUGAAUCAAAAAGACGAGAUGCAUGACCACUUUAACAAAGAAAUAAGCAACAUGAGUAACGUUGAACGCAAUUAUCUUGAAAAUAUGUCCAAGGAUCGUGAGAAAACCAUAAUGGAAGUGGAGGCCCGGAGGAACAAACUUAUGGCCCGUGAAAAGAAUCUGCUGAAGCAAACAGAAAGAGAAACUUCACAAAAAAUGCAUGACCUAGUGAAAGGACUUGAUGCUAAACAUGCGUUGCAAUUGGAAACUGAACGACUGAGAGGAGCUUUCAAAGUAAUGAAUCACAUUAAAGAGACUGAUCAAGAAGAGAAGAAAAAACUGGAGGCGAUCAAAGUAGAGCUGCGUGAAAAGGAAAAGCAAUUGGAAGAUCUUCUAUGGACAUUGGUUAUCGAGGAGCCUAAAACUAAUGAUGAGUUGCAAGAUGCGCGCAAAAAAUUAAUAAAUUGCAUUGGCUACCCAGGGGACACUUCUGAAGUCAUAAUUUCUGUGAAAAGGAUGGGGGAACUUGAUCUUGAGCCGCUUAUGGAGGCAUCCAAGAGAAAGUUUCCUGCAAUGAGGGAUGGAAGCUGA